CCUCCGGGCUCCAGCUAGCACAUCCCGCCCCACUCUGCAGCCUCCUCCUCCCUCCGGCCCUCCCCCCAGUACGCGCACGGCCGCUACACACGCCGCGAGGAGAUUCCACCUUCUUUUUCUGCCCCCUUUCGGCUUUCGCCCCGACCCUCCCUGCUGCUUCGGCUCGAAGCUUCCGCCAUGGGCGAGGGAGAGGACGAGGCCUCGAGCUCGGGCGCGGCGGCGGGCGCCGCCGCUACGGUCGCGGCCGCCCCCAAGGACCCGAGAACGAUCGCGCGCAAGUAUCAGCUGGAUCUUUGCAAGAGGGCAGUCCAGGAGAACAUCAUAGUGUACCUUGGCACGGGAUGUGGGAAGACACACAUUGCCGUGUUACUCAUGUAUGAGCUUGGACACCUCAUCCGCAAGCCCAGCCGGGAGGUGUGCAUCUUCCUAGCACCAACCAUUCCUCUUGUCCGCCAGCAAGCAAUGGUGAUUGCGGAUUCCACCAAUUUUAAAGUUCAACGUUACUAUGGAAGUGGUAAAAGCUUAAGAGACCACAAGGCAUGGGAGAAUGAGAUGGCUGAGUAUGAGGUCCUUGUAAUGACUCCUCAAAUAUUUUUGCGUAAUUUGCGGCAUUGUUUCAUCAAGAUGGACUCAGUGGCACUUUUGGUAUUUGAUGAAUGCCAUCAUGCUCAAGCACCAAAAAGGCAUCCAUAUGCACAAAUUAUGAAGGAAUUCUACAACAACCUUGAUAAACCUCCUCGUGUUUUUGGCAUGACGGCUUCACCGAUUAUUGGAAAAGGUGGGUCUAACAAGCUUAUCUACACUAAAUGUAUCAACAGUCUUGAGGAACUACUUAAUGCAAAGGUUUGUUCAGUUGAUAAUGUAGAACUUGAAAGUGUGGUUGCUUCUCCUGAGAUUGAAGUGUACUUUUAUGGCCCUGUUGGUCAGUCUAACUUGAUUGCAACUUACAGAAAAGGGCUUGAUGACUAUAAGCUCCAGUCUGAAUGCAGGCUAAGAGAGAGCCUAUGCGAUUUCAAGGAGUCUCUGAAGAAACUGAAGUCUUUACAGAGGUUGCAUGAAAAUUUGAUUUUCUGUUUGCAAGAAAUUGGUCUUUUUGGAGCUCUGCAAGCUGCAAGGACCUUUCUAUCUUCCAGUGGUGGUAGUCUAGACAGAAAGGGGGUUGACAUUGAUGACAAUCAUGCCAGUUUUGUACAGCAUUAUCUAAACAAAGCAAUUUCUCUUCUAAGCUGCGACAUAUUAGAUGGUGAACGUGCCCUUUCUCUAGUACCCUUGGCUGGUGCUGAUGCUGAUUCAGUUGAUCUAGAGACGCUGGAGGAACCUUUCUUCUCCAAAAAAUUUGCAGUCCUUAUUGACGUUCUGUCAAGAUACAGGCUAGAGGAAAACAUGAAGUGUAUUGUUUUUGUGAAAAGAAUAAUUGUCGCAAGAGUAGUCGCGCAUAUUCUCCAAAAUCUGAAGUGCCUUGAUUUCUGGAAAUGUGAGUUUCUUGUGGGAUGCCACUCAGUAUUCAAGAACAUGUCAAGGAACAAGAUGGGUUCGAUCAUUGAAAAGUUCUCUUCGGGUGAGGUCAACCUUUUGGUCGCUACUAGUGUAGGUGAGGAGGGACUUGACAUCCAGACUUGCUGCCUUGUUGUGCGGUUUGAUCUCCCAGAAACUGUUUCUAGCUUUAUCCAGUCAAGGGGACGUGCACGGAUGAACAAAUCUAAAUACAUUUUCCUCCUGGAGAGGGGAAAUCAGUCUCAUAAGAAGUUGGUUGGUGAUUAUAUUACUGGCGAAAGCAUUAUGGAUAAAGAGAUUAACUUGAGAACGUCAAAUGAUAUGUUCGAUUGCCUUGAGGAGAAUAUCUAUCGAGUGAACGGCACUGGUGCUUCCAUUAGCACCGCUUGCAGUGUAUCUCUAUUACAUUGCUAUUGUGACAACCUUCCUAGAGAUAUGUUUUUUAUUCCUUCCCCAGCAUUCUUCUAUGUUGAUGAUGUUGAAGGAAUAGUCUGCAGACUAAUUCUUCCACCAAAUGCUGCUUUUCGUCAAGUGAACAGUCAACCCUGUCCAUCAAAAGAUGAAGCUAAGAGAGAUGCAUGCUUGAAAGCAUGCAUAAGACUUCACGAACUGGGUGCUUUGACAGAUUUUCUUCUGCCAGGGCAAGGCUCUAGAAAGACUAAGGUGUCAACAAUAGAUAUUUCAGAAAUCAACAAAGCUGAGGAUGAAAGUUUUAGGGAAGAGCUUCAUGAGAUGUUGAUUCCUGCGAUUCUAAGACCUUCAAGAUACAAACUGGACUGCUUGUUGAACUUGCAUUUCUACUACAUAGAAUUUAUUCCCAAACCAGCAGAUAGACGAUAUCAGAUGUUUGGUCUUUUUGUGAUCGAUGCCCUUCCGAAGGAAGCUGAAAAGUUGGACGUUGAAUUGCAUCUUGCUCGUGCGAGGAUUGUGAAAGCAGGAAUUAAAUAUUUGGGAAUGAUUACAUUUAACAAUGAAGAGGCACUGUCUUUCGUAUCUUUCCAAACUUUAAUACACAAUUUUUCAUGGGACAUUGCUUCACAUGUUUAUGGUUUUGUUUUCCAGAUGAUGCUCGCACGCAAUUUCCAAGAAAUGUGUUUGAAGGUUCUCCUGGACAGAUCUGAGUUCACUUCAUCUUAUGUUAUGUUGGGGAAUGAUGCUGCAUUACAAAUGGGUUCAACAUUUUACCUUUUGCUUCCCAUCAAGCAGAAAUUCUAUGGUGAUAAGUUUAUGAUUGAUUGGCCAGCAGUGAAGCGGUGUUUAUCAUCACCUGUAUUCCAAGAUCCAAGGGAUUUAUCUCUGCAUGACUCAUAUUUCCCAAAUGAGUCUCUGAAACUUCUUGAUGGAACAUACAGUAAAGCUGAUGUGAUUGGCAGUUUGAUCUUCAGUCCCCACAACAACCUGUUUUUCUUCGUUGAUGUCAUUCUGGAUGAAGUAAAUGCUAAAAGUGAACUCAAUGGUGCAACUUAUGAAGAAUAUUUUAUGGAAAAGUUUAGUAUCGAGCUAUCCCAUCCUGAACAGCCACUUUUGAAAGUUAAACAGCUCUUCAAUCUGCGCAAUCUGCUGCAUAACCGACAACUAGAGAGCACAGAAUCUGAGGGUCGUGAAUUGAUGGAGCACUUCGUGGAGUUACCUCCAGAGCUAUGCUCUUUGAAGAUAAUUGGGUUUUCAAAAGAUAUGGGUAGUUCUUUGUCCUUGCUGCCGUCUUUAAUGUGUCGCUUGGAGAAUUUGUUGGUGGCCGUUGAGUUGAAGGAUCUCAUGCUAUCUUAUUUCCCAGAGGCUUCUCAAAUUAGUGCUUCGGGGAUCCUUGAAGCGCUGACUACUGAGAGGUGUUUGGAGAGGUUCUCGUUGGAGCGCUUUGAAGUCCUAGGCGAUGCUUUCUUGAAGUAUGUAGUUGGGCGCCAUAGCUUUAUUUCGUAUGAAGGACUUGAUGAAGGCCAGUUGACUAGGAGACGUUCUGAUAUAGUGAAUAAUUCAAAUUUAUACGACUUAUCAAUUAGAAGAAAUUUGCAGGUAUACAUACGGGAUCAACAGUUUGAACCUACUCAGUUCUUUGCACUGGGGAGGCCAUGUAAAGUUGUUUGCAAUCCUGAAACAGAAGCGAGUUUACACCCGAAGAAUAUCGACCCCGAUAAACAAGAAAACUGUAACUUGAGGUGUACAAAGUCACAUCAUUGGUUGCAUAGGAAGACAAUUGCAGAUGUUGUUGAAUCACUUCUUGGAGCAUUUAUUGUCGAGAGUGGAUUCGAAGCUGCAUUUGCAUUUCUACAUUGGAUAGGAAUAAAAGUUAACUUUAAAGAUUCAGCUCUCUAUAGAGUAUUAGAUGCAAGCUCUGCCAAUUUGUCUCUCAUGAAUUACAUCAACGUUUCUGAGCUUGAAGAAUUGAUAGGUUACAAAUUCAAGCACAAGGGUCUGCUUAUCCAAGCAUUUGUACACCCUUCAUUCAAUAAGCAUUCUGGAGGAUGCUACCAGAGGAUGGAGUUCCUUGGAGAUGCUGUUUUGGAAUAUUUGAUGACCUCAUACCUCUACUCAGCUUACCCAGAUCUCAAGCCUGGCCAUAUCACAGAUCUGAAAUCAUUAGCUGUCAAUAAUAAUUCAUUUGCUCUUGUAGCAAUUAAGAAAUCUAUGCAUAAGUAUCUUAUAAAGGAUUCUAAAUAUCUUAUGACAGCGGUAAAUAAAUUUGAGAAUUAUGUUAAUCUUUCCAAUUCAGAGAAAGACUUUUCAGAAGAACCAGCAUGUCCAAAGGUUCUUGGUGAUAUUGUUGAAUCUUGUGUUGGUGCAGUCCUUUUAGAUUCUGGCUUCAACCUGAACCAUGUUUGGAAGCUAAUGCUAAUGCUUCUAAAGCCUAUAUUGAGCUUCUGUGACAUGCACAUUAAUCCUAUGAGAGAACUCCGUGAACUUUGUCAGUGUAAUCGUUUUGAGUUAGGCCUUCCCAAACCUACAAAGGCUGAUGGAGAGUUCCAUGUCAAAGUAGAAGUUAACAUAAAUGGCAAAAUGAUUAGUUGUACAGCAGCAAACCGGAAUUCGAAAGAUGCUAGAAAGUUGGCUGCACAAGACGCACUUUCUAAACUGAAGAAUUAUGGAUACAAGCAUAAAAGCAAAUCACUGGAGGAAAUUCUGCGUGUUGCCACAAAAAAAGAACCAGAACUAAUAGGCUAUGAUGAAGAACCAAUCAAAGUUGAAGAUGACAUAUCUAUAGAAACUAAGAAUCUACAGGAGAAUGGAGAAAUAGAGGAAAACAUCUUUGUCCAAAAUAAUGAAGCAUCUUCCAUUGGGAGGUAUGAAACCUCCAUUCAGAGUACAGGAGAUAACACGGUUGACAAGAAUGAUACUAAUGAUGGAAGGAUGAAUAAGUCCAAUGUGGUUACACAGAAUGGUUGUCUACUUAGAGGGGCAGCUGAUAAAAUAAAUAAAAAGGAGUAUCACGGUGAUAUGGUACACAAAACAGCAAGGUCAUUCCUUUAUGAACUAUGUGCUGCAAACUAUUGGAAACCUCCCGAAUUUGAGUUAUGCAAAGAUGAAGGACCAAGCCACCUUCGAAAGUUCACUUGCAAGGUCCUUGUUCAGAUCAUGGGACCUUCAGCGACUCUCUUGGAGUGCUUCAGCGAUCCUAAACAACAGAAAAAAGCAGCGCAGGAGCAUGCCGCCCAGGGGGCUCUGUGGUGCCUCAAGCAACUUGGAUACCUACCAAAAGAUGAAACUCGUGUAUAGCAACAUUUCAGAUUUCUGUGGCCUCCAGUUACAUAGAUAUGCCGAUAUAUAUUUCUUACAUAGAUAGGCCCCAUGUAAAUCUAUUUGUUAAGAUAUGCUUUGUAGACUCGGGGAACAUGCGUUCUGUUGAGAGAUGUAUGAAUUGACAAAUGCGCAGCUCACACUGUGUUAUGUUGCCGUGUGACCGCUUGGAUCAGAAUUUUCCAGAGCGAAGAACAUAUACGCCA